UGUAGAAUUUUCAUUUGUUGUAUACUUGCUUCUGAAGAGAAGGAAACCUUAAUGAUAAAGAAAAUGACUAACUUCAGGAGUACUUGGUGCUGGCGAAACAUGGCUUCUACAUUCCGUGCGUUUUUUAACAGACCUGUUGUUGGCCCCAAAUUAACCAAUUUCUGGAGACCUGUUGUAAAUUGGGGAUUUGUUGCUACUGGGCUUGUGGACAUGAAUAAACCUCCAGAAAAGAUAUUAGGCAACAUGUCCACCGCAAUGUGUCUUUUCUCUACGUUAUUCAUAAGGUUUCCAUGGAUGGUACAGCCUCGUAACUAUUUGAUUCUUGCAUGUCAUGCUUCAAAUGAAACAAUGCAAAUGUAUCAAUUUUCCCGGUGGGCGAGGGCUAAUGGGUAA